CAUCAGUCAUUUAGUGUAAUUAUAGAGAACCGGAUUGAUCGAUUACCUUUUUUUAUGAGCAAAGUUUGAUUGAAAGAAGGUUCGUUGUCGUUACAAGUAAUUCGUUCACUUUUCGAAUUUUUCUAAACGCUGGAUAGCACAGCAGAAUGGAACUUUGUUCUCUUUCUACAAGACUUUAUCAAGCAAGAGCACAAUCCAUGGAGCACAUUAGGUACGAGUCAAAUAUGGACCGAAAGAUGAUACGGAACAUUUUUGUGCAUAUGUUAUAACGAGGUAGCUAGCAAGCCAGGACAUUGGAUAAAUACAACAGCGUUGCAAGUGAAACACCUACAUUGCAGGUUGACAGCUACGCUUGGUCUUUCUGUGUGCGUGGAGUGCCUAUGGCGGAGUUUGGAGAGAACGACGGCUCAUCUCCAUCGAAUACUGGGGAUUCGGUGGCUUUGCCCUGUGAUCAAACAGACGGAAAGACGCAGUGCGAAGUAUCGGUCUUCAAUGGGGACUGUGGGAUAUCGGCAAACAUGGUUGGAUCAGAAACGUUACCUGACAGCCCAGGGCUUGAAACAGCCAACAACUCCUCUGUCGGAUUGGAUUCCAAAUCUGGAAUACCACGCAGGAGCAGCAUUAUAAAGGAUGGCUCGAGGCUGCGCAAAGAGAGGAAGAAGACGGUUUCGUUCAGCAGCAUGCCCACUGAGAAGAAGAUCAGCAGUGCGAGCGACUGCAUCAACGCCAUGGUGGACGGCUCGGAACUGAAGAAGGUCCGCUCCAACUCCCGCGUUUACCACCGCUACUUCCUCCUGGACGCCGACAUGCAGUCUCUAAGGUGGGAACCCUCCAAAAAAGAGUCAGACAAAGCCAAAAUUGAUGUCAAGUCCAUCAAAGAGGUGCGGACAGGGAAAAACACAGAAACGUUUAGGACCAACGGAAUAUAUGAUCAGAUAUCAGAGGACUGUGCCUUCUCGAUCAUCUAUGGGGAGAACUAUGAGUCUUUGGACUUGGUUGCAAACUCUGCCGAUAUGGCCAACAUAUGGGUGACCGGGCUUAGAUACCUGAUAUCCUAUGGGAAACACACACUGAAUAUGAUUGAGAGCAACCAGAACAACAUGCGCUCCUCCUGGCUCGGGGACCUCUUUGAGGAGGCUGAUGCCAACAACAGCAAGCACAUCAGUCUAUGUGCUGCCGUGCAGCUAAUUAAAAACCUAAACCCUGGACUCAAAAACGUUAAGAUUGAACUCAAGUUUAAGGAGUUUCACAAAUCUAAAGAUAAGGUGGGAUGUGGUGUGACUAAGGAGGAGUUCAUUGAAGUCUUUCAUGACCUUUGCACAAGACCAGAAAUGUAUUUCCUUCUUGUCCAGUUCUCUAGCAACAAGGAAUUUCUAGAUACCAAGGACUUAACUAUGUUUCUGGAGGCUGAGCAGGGUAUGGCACAAGUAAGUGAAGACACCAGUCUGGAGGUCAUUCAGAGCUAUGAACCUUCCAAAGAGGGGCAGCUCAAGGGCUGGCUCUCCCUUGAUGGGUUUACCAAUUAUCUCAUGUCGCCAGAGUGCCACAUCUUUGACCCGGAACAAAAAACAGUGUGUCAGGACAUGAACCAGCCCUUGUCCCACUAUUACAUCAACGCUUCCCACAACACAUACCUGAUCGAGGAUCAGUUUAGAGGCCCCUCUGACAUUACAGGGUACAUCCGUGCCCUCAAGAUGGGUUGUCGAAGUGUAGAACUAGAUGUCUGGGAUGGACCAGAUAAUGAGCCUGUCAUUUACACUGGCCACACAAUGACCUCGCAGAUAGUCUUCCGCAGUGUCUGUGACGUCAUCAACAAAUAUGCCUUUGUUGCAUCUGACUUUCCCCUGAUAUUGUGUCUGGAGAACCACUGCUCCUUAAAGCAGCAGAGGGUCAUGUUUCAGCAAUUGAAAAAGAUUCUUGGUGAUAAGAUUUACAUGGAUCCACCUUCACCUGAAGACAGCUACCUGCCCUCACCCUUUGACCUCAGGUGUAAGAUCCUGCUGAAGGGGAAGAAGCUGGGCACAACCUGCAUUAGCUCGGAGGGUGAAGUGACUGAUGAGGAUGAGGGGGCUGAGAUGUCACAAAGAAUGAACAUUGAAGCCGACGAACAGCAGAGCAUCCCACUGAAAAAGUUCCAGCUGUCCAAGGACCUCUCUGACCUGGUAACGUUGUGUAAAUCGAUUGCGUUCAAAGACUUCCCAACAGCUUUCCAAAGCCAGAAGCACUGGGAACUUUGCUCGUUCAAUGAGGUCUUUGCCAGUCGCUGUGCCAAUGACUUCCCAGGCGACUUUGUUAACUACAACAAGAAGUUAUUGGCGAGAGUCUAUCCCAGCCCAAUGCGGAUUGACUCCAGUAACAUGAACCCUCAGGACUUCUGGAAGUGUGGUUGCCAGAUCGUGGCAAUGAACUACCAGACCCCCGGCCUGAUGAUGGACCUAAACAUUGGCUGGUUCCGUCAGAAUGGGAACUGUGGGUAUGUGCUGCGACCAGCCAUAAUGAGGGAGCAGGUGUCAUAUUUCAGUGCCAACACUAAAGACUCAGUACCUGGUGUGUCUCCUCAGCUCUUGCACAUAAAGAUCAUAAGUGGACAAAACUUCCCCAAACCCAAAGGCUCAGGCUCCAAAGGAGAUGUUGUUGACCCUUAUGUCUAUGUGGAGAUACAUGGCAUACCUGCUGAUUGUGCAGAGCAAAGGACUAAAACUGUCAAUCAGAAUGGGGAGAACCCACUGUUUGAUGAAAGCUUUGAGUUUCAGAUAAACCUACCUGAGUUGGCCAUGGUGCGCUUCGUGGUGCUUGACGAUGACUACAUUGGCGACGAGUUCAUCGGCCAGUACACAAUCCCCUUCGAGUGUCUCCAGCCGGGAUUCCGGCACAUACCGUUACAAUCGCUAACGGGGGAAGUCCUUCCCCACGUCUGGCUAUUCGUCCAUGUGGCCAUCACCAACCGAAGGGGUGGGGGCAAGCCUCACAAGAGGGGACUCUCUGUGCGUAAGGGCAAGAGAAGUCGGGAGUACGCCACCAUGAGAGUGCUGGUCAUCAAGGCUGUGGACGACAUCUUCAAGACAGCCAUACUGCCACUGAGGGAAGCCACCGACCUCAGAGAAAACAUGCAGAAUGCCAUAGUGCCCUUUAAGGAACUGUGUGGCCUCUCGGCAGUGGCCAACCUGAAGCAGUGCAUCCUGGCCCUGUCCUCCCGGCUGAUGGGGGCUGACAACAACCCCCUCCUGGUGUUCAACCUCAAGGACCAGUACCCCACCAUGGAGCCCCAGGGCCUGCUACCAGAUGUCCUGAAGAAGGUGGUCACUGCCUAUGACAUGAUGAUCCAGACCAGCAAGACUCUGCUGGAGAACUCCGGGGGAGCCUACGACCGAAUCCUGCUAACCCAGAAAGCAGCGAUGGAGUUCCAUGAGAACCUCCAUGACAUGGCGGUGAAGGAGGGCCUGAAGGGCAGGAAGCUGGCCAAGGCUGUGGAGAGCUUCACCUGGAACAUAACCAUCCUCAAGGGCCAGGCGGACCUGCUGAAGCACGCAAAGAGUGAAGUCCAGGAGAACCUGAAGCAGAUCCACUACGCCGCCCUCACCUGUAACCUAAGUAAGGACGGGCCAUCAGGGAGCACAGCAGGCUCCGAGUCCAGGACCCGACCACGCAGCCUGGACGCCAUCCCCGAGAAAGCCACAGGGGAGGACGAGCUCUCUGAGGAGGACAACUGAAGGCUUACGCUCUAAACCCUUCAUACCUUCAAGCCCCUUGCCCUACCCUAGUGGCACUCAUACCCCCAAGCACCUUUCCCUACCUUAGUGGAACUCAUACCCCCAAGCACCUUUCCCUACCUUAGUGGAACUCAUACCCCCAAGCACCUUUCCCUACCUUAGUGGAACUCAUACCCCCAAGCACCUUUCCCUACCCUAGUGGAACUCAUACCCCCAAGCACUUUUCCCUACCCUAGUGGAACUCAUACCCCCAAGCACCUUUCCCUACCUUAGUGGAACUCAUACCCCCAAGCACCUUUCCCUACCUUAGUGGAACUCAUACCCCCAAGCACCUUUCCCUACCCUAGUGGAACUCAUACCCCCAAGCACCUUUCCCUACGCUAGUGGAACUCAUACCCCCAAGCACCUUUCCCUACCCUAGUGGCACUCAUACCCCCAAGCACCUUUCCCUACCCUAGUAGCAUACAUAAAUCUCCUUACCUCAGUCCCACACAAACCUGACUACAGUGUGUGUAACUGUUCUAGUGCCGUUGCCACACAACUAUUCUUAUUCCAGCGCCGUAUACAACCAUUCCAUUCCCACCCCAGUCCCACUCAAACCUCCCUUUGCUUAACCCGGUACCACACAAAAAGCCCUUAACCCUUCCUGCCCACCUCAACGUCCAACAGCAAGAUGUUGCGGGUCAACUAGGAGGGCCACGUGAACUUGCAGCCACGGGGACAGUCUUAAAGCAGUGACCUACUGUAGAGACAGUGCACUAGGAGGGCCACGUGAACUUGCAGCCACGGGGACAGUCUUAAAGCAGUGACCUACUGUAGAGACAGUGCACUAGGAGGGCCACGUGAACUUGCAGCCACGGGGACAGUCUUAAAGCAGUGACCUACUGUAGAGACAGUGCACUUAUUUACAGGCAGACCCCAGGGUCUGACCCUAGGAGAGCCGCUCUGAACGGUUCAAGGAUUUCUUAAGCACAAUUUACGGGUUUCUGACCAACCAGAAACUAGAGCUGUGAAUGUAAUAGGAAACAGGAAGAGGAACAAUGGCGAGAAGAAAAGGGAGGAGAGCGCUGUUUACAAUAAUGAACUUGUUCAUGUUUUUGUCUGCCAAAAUAGUAUGUGUAUAUAUGGAGUUCUGUUACUUUUUUCCCAACGUGCUUCAUUUUAUUAUUGUAUUCUUGAGAAAUAAGAUUUAUUUUGUAAAGGAAAUGGCUUGUCCAUGAAAAAAUAACUAUUUUAUUUGUCUGUGCAGAUGUGAAAUGGAGGUGUCCUUGACACUUUCCCACUGUUCCUUUGUCGAGACAGAGGGACGGAUAGAGACUUUAAACCUCAGUGUGUGGUCCAAAGGGUGGCAGUCGAGUCUCAAGCACAACUAGCAACUGCUUUGGGAAGGAACCAUGGAGAGAGUAACGCGUUAGGCGUUUUGGUGUCAUUUCACCAUUCCAUGUGAGAGGGUUGAGUGGGAUGUAAUAAUAGCUUCUCAACCAGUCCUGGUAACAAACUAGCACCCUAUUCAUGAAUACGUUUUCAUGUACGACUGUGCCUCAUUGCUACAAAUCAGUCAACAAAGGGGAUGGAUGGUGAGGAAAGAGACCCUCUUCCUCACAUCCAUCUUAACCUGCUUUUCCCCACCAGUUGCUUCUAGUUUUGUAUUUGUCCCCCUGUUCAUUCUACCCACAGUGCUGAAACAGUGUUGCUCCUAGUCAACUUUAGCCACCCACCACUACCUCUGGAUCUCACCACCAGUGUUUUAACUGGGCCCACACUGGGACAAAACGUAAUUCAUGAACUUCAGUGUCGUGACAGUUGUAUUUAUAACUACUGUUAACCAUUUUUACAGAUGGUUGAACUGAAUACCGGUUUUGCUCUUAUCUGUUAAUUCCCAAAACCUUCAGAAUAAACUACGUCAAAUCGUU